GUCAGCUCGGCCAUUUUGCCGAAUUUCGACGGUGCAUAGAGGCAAGCAGACGAACUUCACAAAUAUUCUGCUUCAAAACCGCAUAUUAUUUGCGAAAAUAAUUGAAAAUUAGCAGUUUAAGUGAUUGGUUCUAAAUAUUUGAUAAAAUAAUCAUGGCGCGCUAUACUCAACGUCCGGAAAAUGCUCUGAAAAGAGCGAAUGAAUUCAUUGAAGUUGGAAAGCCUUUGCGUGCUUUGGACACCCUUCAGGAGGUAUUCCGUAACAAGCGCUGGAACUAUGCCUACUCCGAGACCAUUAUUGAACCACUUAUGUUUAAGUAUUUAUACUUAUGUGUGGAGUUGAAGAAAUCCCAUAUCGCUAAGGAGGGUUUGUUCCAAUACCGCAAUAUGUUUCAGCUGGUGAAUGUGAAUUCUUUGGAAAAUGUAAUUCGAGGAUAUUUGCGUAUGGCCGAAGAACACACUGAGGCCGCUCAGGCUCAGUCGUCAGCAGCAGUUGCCGUUUUGGAGUUGGACGAUCUGGACAAUAUUGCUACACCUGAAAGCAUUCUAAUGAGUGCCGUAUGUGGUGAAGACGCACAAGAUCGUUCCGAUCGCACAAUUCUAUUGCCAUGGGUAAAGUUUUUGUGGGAGUCUUAUUGUCAGUGCUUGGAAUUGUUGCGUGUGAAUACGCACUGUGAAGCCCUGUACCACGAUAUUGCUCGCAUGGCAUUUCAGUUCUGUUUGAAGUACAAUCGCAAGAGUGAGUUUAGACGUUUGUGCGAUAAGUUGCGAAAGCAUUUGGAAGAUAUUUGUAAAAGUACUACCCAAACUACUGGUGUCUCAAUAACUAAACUUGAAACACAACAGUUGUGUUUGGAUACAAGGCUUUAUCAAUUAGAUUCGGCUAUACAGAUGGAGUUAUGGCAAGAGGCGUAUAAGGCCAUUGAAGACAUCCACGGUUUGAUGGCAUUGUCAAAGAAAACGCCAGUACCAAAAACUAUGGCAAAUUAUUACCAGAAAUUAGCAAUGGUUUUCUCCAAGGCUGGAAAUCAACUUUUCCACGCUGCAGCAUUGUUAAAGCUUUUCCAGUUGACACGCGAAUUGAAGAAAAAUUUAACAAAGGAUGACAUGCAACGUAUGGCUUCUCAUGUCCUUAUAGCAACAGUUUCGAUCCCACUCCCUUCGGCUCAUCCAGAAUUCGAUCGUUUCAUUGAAGCCGAUAAGAGUCCACUAGAAAAAGCUCAAAAACUAGCUGUGCUACUCGGUCUUCAACAACCUCCAACAAGGGCCUCUUUAAUUAAGGAAGUUGUUAGGCUAAAUGUACCGCAGUUAGCUUCUGAAGAGUUCAGAAACUUAUAUAACUGGUUAGAAGUUGAUUUCAACCCCUUGAAUUUAUGCAAGCGUGUGCAAACUGUCAUCGAUGUUAUUGAAAGCGCUCCCCCAGAGAACAACUUGUUGGCACCUUAUAUAAAAUCGUUGAAAGAUGUCACAAUUAUGCGAUUGAUUAGAGAAAUUUCACAAGUUUAUCAGAGUAUUGAAUUCAGCCGUUUGUUACAAUUAGCAUCGUUCUGCAAUAUUUUCGAACUCGAAAAGUUGUUGGUCGAGUCUGUGCGUCAUAAUGAUAUGCAAAUUCGAAUUGAUCAUCAAAAGAAAUGUAUUUACUUUGGAACUGAUUUAACCGAGAGUCAGAGGGAAGAUCACCCCGAUGGUCCAACAUUACAGUCCAUGCCUUCAGAGCAAAUACGGUCACAACUGGUUAAUAUGGCAACUGUUUUAAAUCGUGCUGUAUCGGUCGUCUAUCCAAAUCGUGAAAAAGAUCAGCGUGCCAAACUUCGGGCUCAGAUGGUAUAUCACUAUCACGAGAUCAAGGAUCGGGAACAUCAACGUAUUUUGCAACGUCAAAAGAUUAUCGAAGAUCGUAAAGAAUUUAUUGAAAAGCAGAAUAACGCACGUGAAGAGGAAGAAGCACGUCGCUUGGAAGAAGAAAGUCGCAAGGCGAAACUUGCCGAGCAAAAGAGACUGGAGCAGGAGAACGAAGAGCGUGAGAGAAAGCGUCAUCAAAAUGAAAUUGAAGCAAUUAUGGUCAAGAGCCUAAAGGAUAAAAUGCAACAAAUUUCGCAAACCGCGCGCGGUAAAAAGAUGCUUUCUAAAUUGGAUGAAGAAAGUCUUAAAAAGUUGGAUGCGGAACAAAUCGCAGCUAAGGAAUCUGAAGAAUUGCAACGCGAACGCAAAGAAUUGCAGUCGAAGCUCAAGUCUCAAGAGAAAAAGAUCGAUUACUUCGAGCGAGCUAAGCGAAUGGAGGAAAUACCUCUUUUCGAAAAAUAUUUGGCCGAAAAACAAGUUAAAGACAAAGAGUUUUGGGAAGCACAAGAACAACAACGCAUUGAGACCGCUAUUACAGAACGUAAAGACGCUGUCGCACAACAGGAGCGUUUGAAACGCAUGUAUGAGGAUCGUGAUGUCUUCCUAGAGGCCUUGAAGAAGGAACGUGCAUCAUUAUAUGUCGAAAAACUAAAGAAAUUCGAAGUCGCUUUGGCCGAAGAACGUAAGCGUUUGUUAGCACAUCGUUGCGAGAUGCGUCGUCAAGAACGUCGUCGUCAAUGGCUUCGUGAAAAGGAAGAGGAACGUAUGCGCAAAGAAGAGGAAAUUCGUAGAGCAAAGGAGGAGGAAGAGAGGGCUAUUGCUGAAGCUUUACGCAAGGAGCGUGAAGCAGAAGAAGAUAAAAGACGUAUUCAAUAUGAGAAACAACGUGCUAAGGAAGAGGAAGCUGAGCGCCGUAUACAGGAAGAACGUGAACGUUUGGCUCGUGAAGUGGCUGCUGAAAAUCGUGAAAAGGGCGGUGAUAAGGAUCGCGAUCAAUGGCGACGAGGUGAUCGUGGCGAACGUAGUGAGAGAAUAGAACGUGGUGAUCGUAUCGAACGUGGUGUCGAACGCACGGAACGCGGAGAACGUGGUAACGCUUCUAACACUGAAUGGCGUCGUGAGCGUCCAGAACGCGUUGAACGUGGCGAAAGGAUCGAGCGUGCUGAACGUCCAGAGCGUGGCGAUCGUUUUGAACGUAAGGAAGGUGAAAGUGGCGGAUCCGACUCAUGGCGUGUACGUCGUGAUCCCGACCCAGCAGCUCCUCGUGCGGGUGGUCCCGGAGCUGGACGUGAUAAUCGCGAAGCACGAGACAGCCGUGACGGUGGAGAUAAGUGGCGCCGCGGUGGUACUGGAGCUGGUGGCCUUGGAGGCGCUCCAAGACGCGAUGAUCGGGAAAGUCGUGAGGGCGGUGGAAAUUGGCGAGAUGCGCCACGUAAUGAUCGCGAUCGCGAUAAUCGAGAUAUGCGCGACAAUCGCCGUCGCGAUGAACGAGGUGAUAGGCGUGAUCGUGACCGCGGAGCUGGUGGUGGUGGCAAAGAUUCCGGAAGUUGGAGAAUGGAGCGUCCUUCUGGUCGUGAUGACAAGGAAAGAAAUGCUCCCAAACGCGAACCUCAAGAAAAAGAGAACAAAAGUGGAGAUGAUGGCGAGUGGACUAAUGUAAGGCGCCGUUAAGUGUGGGCGCACAAGUAAAUAUGACGUUAACAAUAGGCCAGAAUUAAAACAAAUAUUUCGAUAAGUAAACGUGCAAAA